AUGACAAUAUGUACUUUCGAUCACGUGUCUGCGGGGCGACUUAGACGGAUUGCGCGUCAUCUCGCCUUCCCAAAUUUUUCCCUUCUGCUGCAGCUCGUAUCCAAAACAUCUAUCUAUAGUACGGAGUACGAGAGAGAGAGAAAGAUGUUUAACUCGGUGAAUCUGGGCAACUUCUGCUCCCAGACGCGCAAAGACCGGACAUCCGAGUUUGGGGACAGGACGGGCUGCGCGUCCAACAUCUACCUCCCCAGCUGCACCUACUACGUCCCCGAGUUUUCUGCCGUCUCCUCGUUUCUUCCACAGGCCCCGGCCCGGCAAAUCAGCUACCCUUAUUCCACAAAUCUGUCUCAAGUACCGCCGGUACGGGAAGUUUCAUACGGCUUGGACCCUGCUAGUAAAUGGCACCACAGAAGCAAUUAUGCAUCGUGCUACUCGGGAGAGGAUUUGGUGCAUAGGGACUGUCUUCCACCAUCCACCAUGACAGAAAUGCUUAUGAAGAACGAGAGUGUGUACAGCCACCACCAUCACCAUCACACCCACCCGGGUUCCAAUCACCCCUCCACAGGUUUUUACUCCGGCAUGGGGAAAAACAACGUCCUCCCGCAAGGUUUCGAUCGCUUUUUUGAGACCGCAUACUGCAGCAGCACGGACAAUCAGUCAGACAAUUGUUUACAAAAGGGCGAGGGGGGAAAGCUGGAAAGCGACUCCCAGCAGCAGCAGCAGCAACAGCAGCAGUCCACAGCCUCUGUCCCCGGAGCCUCGGAGCAGGAAAAAGACCCAGAAGAUGAGGAGGAACAUACAAAUUCAGGCUCAUGUACGUCUUCCUCCGCAACAACCAAGGACGGCAACGCCAGCAAGAACAGCCACUCGAGCACUCCUCGCACAAGGAAGAAGAGGUGUCCAUAUUCCAAGUUUCAGAUUCGAGAGCUGGAGCGGGAAUUCUUCUUUAACGUUUACAUCAACAAAGAGAAAAGGCUUCAGCUUUCCCGAAUGUUAAACCUCACCGACCGCCAGGUUAAAAUUUGGUUUCAGAAUAGAAGGAUGAAAGAGAAGAAGCUGAGCAGAGAUCGUCUCCAGUACUUUUCUGGAAACCCUCUGUUGUGA